GUCAGAACAAGCUCAUCUUCUAAAACCAAACGCCACCCAAUGAAACCCUAAUAAAAAGUCUCCUUUCUUCUCUAAAACCCUAACUAAUGGGUCGUCGCAAGAAUAAGAGCAACGACAACCAGAACUCAAUGAAGCAGCAGAACAACAGUGUUUGCUUCGAAGACCAAGAUGUCGAGACCACUGGGAGCUCCAAUCUCAAAGAGUCCGUUACUGCGGUCGAUAUAACUAUCGAAGAUGAGAGCAUGUGCGACGCUGACGUGUCAUUUGUCGACGGUGAAGAUGAUAAAACCAGCGCCGAUUACUACUUCGAUUCUUACUCUCACUUUGGUAUUCAUGAAGAAAUGCUAAAGGAUGUUGUGAGAACUAAAACAUAUCAAAAUGUUAUUUAUCAGAAUAAUUUUCUAUUCAAGGACAAAGUAGUUCUUGAUGUUGGAGCUGGGACUGGAAUUUUGUCCUUGUUUUGUGCAAAAGCAGGGGCUGCCCAUGUUUAUGCAGUUGAGUGCUCCCAAAUGGCCAACAUGGCAAAACAGAUCGUUGAAGCAAAUGGAUUUUCUGAUGUUAUAACGGUUUUGAAAGGAAAGAUUGAGGAAAUUGAGCUUCCAGUUGCUAAAGUAGAUAUAAUUAUUUCAGAGUGGAUGGGAUAUUUUCUGGUGUUUGAGAAUAUGCUAAAUACAGUCUUAUAUGCCCGUGAUAAAUGGCUUGUUGAUGAUGGAGUUGUACUACCAGAUAAAGCUUCUCUCUAUUUGACAGCCAUUGAGGAUGCAGAGUACAAAGAUGAUAAGAUUGAAUUUUGGAAUAAUGUUUACGGCUUUGACAUGAGCUGCAUCAAGAAGCAAGCCAUGAUGGAGCCUCUUGUUGACACAGUUGACCAGAAUCAAAUUGUUACCAACUGCCAGCUACUUAAGACAAUGGAUAUCUCUAAGAUGGCUCCUGGUGAUGCUUCCUUUACAGCUCCUUUUAAGCUUGUGGCACAACGGAAUGAUUACGUCCAUGCACUUGUAGCAUAUUUUGAUGUGUCAUUUACCAAAUGUCAUAAACUGAUGGGCUUCUCUACAGGGCCUAAAUCACGAGCAACACAUUGGAAGCAAACAGUUCUUUAUCUGGAAGAUAUAUUGACAAUAUGCGAAGGCGAGGAGAUAACUGGGAGCAUGACUGUGGCACAAAACAAGAAGAAUCAUCGAGAUGUUGAUAUAUUGCUAAAAUACUCGUUGAAUGGCAGGCGUUGUGCAGUCUCCAGGACCCAACAUUACAAGAUGCGCUGAUUGGUUAGUACUUUUUAAAGCAAAACCAUCAAACUUUUCUGUAAUUCUUAGUUACUCUUCUUGAGAGCUGUGCGAGCUGAUUAAAAUGUAAUGCUUCAAAUUUUGACAUCUAAACUGACUUCACUUGCUUUUCUAAUGUACCCUGUUGUGCUUGUUUCACGAA